GUGUGUGUGGGUGGAACGGGGAGGCUGAGUGCGAGUGUGUGCGCGUGCAGGAGAGCGGGAUCGCGCAGAGAUGGAGGUCCGACCCGAGCGCUUUAAAGCAGCAGCGGCGAAAACACUUGGCAGGAUAAACCGGGUUCUGGAGAAGCGUCAGGAGAAUGGAGAGACGAUCGAGUUGUCAGCAGAAGGUCGUCCAGAGCUGCGGGAGGAGAAGGAGCUUCCCGUGGUGGACUGUACGUGUUUCGGUCUGCCGCGCCGCUACAUCAUCGCAAUAUUAUCAGGCCUGGGCUUCUGCAUCUCCUUCGGCAUCCGCUGUAAUCUAGGAGUAGCCGUCGUGAGCAUGGUGAACAACCACACCGUCUAUAGAGAAGGCAAGCCGUACAAUGUGAAAGCUCAGUUCACCUGGGACCCAGAGACUGUAGGAAUGAUCCAUGGCUCGUUUUUUUGGGGAUAUAUAGUCACUCAGAUUCCUGGAGGAUUCAUCUGUCAGAAAUUCGCUGCUAACAGGGUUUUUGGUUUCGCUGUCGUGGCCACGUCUGUCUUAAAUAUGAUGAUUCCCACAGCAGCACGGAUAAACUUCGGCUGUGUGAUUUUUAUCAGGAUACUACAGGGACUGGUGGAGGGCGUAUCUUACCCAGCAUGCCACGGGAUCUGGGCCAAAUGGGCCCCGCCCCUCGAGAGAAGCCGAUUGGCCACAACAGCGUUCUGUGGCUCGUACGCAGGAGCUGUGAUAGCGAUGCCGUUAGCUGGAGUUCUGGUGCAGUACUCAGGCUGGUCCUCGGUCUUCUACGUGUACGGAAGUUUUGGAGUCUGCUGGUAUUUGUUCUGGAUCCUGGUGUCGUAUGAGAGUCCGGCGGCUCAUCCCACCAUCACCCCGGAGGAGAGGAAAUACAUCGAAGAUGCCAUCGGAGAAUCUGCCGGACUGAUGAACCCGCUGACGAAGUUCAACACUCCUUGGCGUCAGUUCUUCACAUCCAUGCCCGUCUACGCCAUCAUCGUGGCCAAUUUCUGCAGGAGCUGGACGUUUUACCUGCUGCUCAUCAGUCAGCCGGCGUAUUUCGAGGAGGUGUUUAAGUUUGAGAUCAGCAAGGUGGGAAUCCUCUCGGCUCUUCCUCAUCUGGUGAUGACCAUCAUCGUGCCGAUCGGAGGACAGCUGGCCGACUAUCUGAGGAGUCACAACAUCAUGACCACCACAAACGUCAGGAAACUCAUGAACUGUGGAGGUUUCGGGAUGGAGGCCACGUUUCUUCUAGUGGUGGGUUUCUCUCACAGUAAGGGCGUCGCCAUCUCCUUUCUGGUCCUUGCUGUCGGAUUUAGUGGUUUUGCCAUCUCAGGGUUCAAUGUCAAUCACCUGGACAUCGCUCCACGUUACGCCAGUAUCCUGAUGGGCAUCUCUAACGGCGUCGGGACGCUCUCUGGCAUGGUGUGUCCUCUGAUCGUUGGUGCCAUGACCCGGAACAAGACGCGGGAGGAUUGGCAGUACGUGUUUCUCAUUGCAUCACUUGUUCAUUAUGGUGGAGUUAUCUUCUACGGUAUCUUUGCGUCCGGUGAGAAGCAGUCGUGGGCGGAGCCAGAGAACAUGAGCGAGGAGAAAUGUGGGAUUUUAGGAGAAGACGAGCUGGCGAAUGAAACGGAAGAGCUGUACCACUCAGUGGGCGGCGGCUACGGAGCAACCAUCCAAUCAGGUGACCCCAAUGGGGCGGGGCCUGGAGGGGGCGGAGCUGGUGGAAGCUGGGCCUCAGACUGGGACAAAACGGAGGAAUACGUCCAACCUGUGGGAACGAACAGCUUCCUGUAUGGAGAAGAGGGCAAUGAGCCAAUGAUUGUGAGGCUCAGAGAUCAAGAGUAAAGCUGGAUGGGAACAGGACGGGGGAAACAAGGACUGAAUAUUCCUCCCCUACACAAACUGACUGGGAUGGAAGAAGUGGUUCUGACCCAAACUAGAAAAAAUUACAUAAUUAACCUCAAAUCAUUAUCUGAAGUGUGUGUCGGAGUGUGUAUGUGUCUGUUUUGAGUGCAUGGAAACGAAUGUUUGAACUUACCAAAAAUAAUUUUACUCCUACUAAAGUAUAAUUCCAAUUGAAAAAGAAAACAAAAGCAGAUUUAUGGAGUUGAUCUCGUGUCGUGCCGAUACUGUGAGGUGUGUGUAGUAUUGGUCCAUUUUCCGGGAGAAUCUCAUAAAUAAAUACACAUUUAAAGAGCAAUAUCAACUAUUUGGAUGAGCUUAUAGAAGCACUGACAUACUUUGUUCUAUUAUUAUACUUCAUUAUUCAUUCUGUAUAAGUAUCUGUGGCACUUUGGAUAAAAGGGUGGAUCUCAUGACAAAAAUGUCAAUUCCUUCCCCGUAAUUAACCAAAAAUGAUCUGAAAUUAAAUUUUGCACGAAGAAAGUUCAUAGCAGUAUUCUUUUUAUUGUAUUUUAAUAUAUUAAUAUAUAAUUUUAAUAAAUGAAAAUAUAUGUACUAAACCUUAUUAUAAAGAAUUUUCUUGCAUCAGUAAA